CAAGUGAAAAAGCCAAGAGUACGGAGACCAAAACAGCAAUGGCAAUAGCAUCUCAUCUCAUCAAUCUCACGCCUCUUCCUCUCAAAUCUUCUAGCGCUCUCUCUCCUCUCUGCAAUCUGCCCACAUGUCCGUUUCCACUUAAUGAUACCGGCGUCAAAACCAGCAGAAGCAAGAUCCUUGGCAUCAAUGGCUCAUCAAGACGUGGACCCGUCUCGUUUCGAGUCAUGGCUUCUUCGUUCGGGUCCAGGCUCGAAGAUUCAGUCAAGAAGACCGUGGCUGAGAACCCAGUUGUCGUUUACUCCAAAACUUGGUGCUCGUAUUCCUCUGAGGUGAAAACUUUGUUCAAGAAGCUCGGUGAGGAGCCAUUGGUUAUUGAAUUAGACGAACUGGGUCCCCAAGGACCCCAGUUACAGAAGGUGCUGGAAAGGCUUUCUGGCCAGCACACUGUUCCAAAUGUGUUUAUCGUUGAGGUGUGCACAGAAAUUAAUGGCUGGACAGCAAAUUUCAGCUGUGGCCAACACAUUGGAGGUUGCACAGAUACCUUGAAGCUUUAUCGUAAAGGAGAACUUGAACCUUUGUUGUCAAAAGCUAAUGCUAAAAGUUCACAGGCCUAGAAUCCUUGCCAUUAGUUGCUGUCAUUGAGAAUUCUGAUUCCCUUGCAAAUUUUGGGCUUGUUAUCAUAUAAGAAGAUAUGCCACAAGUCUGCGUAUUCAGAAUGCCAUUUCACUUCAUUGACGAAGUUUUAUAUUCAACUCCUUUAUAUGAUCUCUUUAGUUGAAUUGUAUAUUGAACUCAAUAAUUUUUGUUGUUGCAUAAUAACACUAGCACUUUCUUUAAUAUUUAAGAACACUUAACAAGUGCAACAAAUAUACUCUUUAUUGUAUAAAACUAAUAAUUUGUAUUUCAUUUUCGGGCACUAACACUUCGUUCCUUUUUUCCUCUUCA